AUGAUUGUAUCGGCCAGGACCUCCAAUAUGUUGAACAGAAUUGGUGAAAACAGACACUCUUACCUUGUUCCCAGUUUUAAAGAGAAUGGAUUCAGUCUUUCUGAGUACUUAAAUGUGAUACCAGUGGCCAACAUGUCCUUGAAGAUCCAGACGAGCAACGUAACCAACAAGAAUGACCCCAAAUCCAUCAACUCUCGGGUUUUCAUUGGAAACCUCAACACAGCUGUGGUGAAGAAGUCAGAUGUGGAGACCAUCUUCUCCAAGUAUGGCCGUGUGGCCGGUUGUUCUGUGCACAAGGGCUAUGCCUUUGUCCAAUAUGCCAACGAGCGCCAUGCCCGGGCAGCUGUGGUGGGAGAGAAUGGGCGAGUGCUGGCCGGCCAGACCCUGGACAUAAACAUGGCUGGAGAGCCGAAGCCCAACAGACCCAAGGGGCUAAAGAGAGCAGCAUCUGCCAUAUACAGUGGCUACAGCUUUGACUAUGAUUACUACCGGGACGACUUCUACGACAGGCUCUUCGACUAUCGGGGCCGCCUGUCACCAGUGCCAGUGCCCAGAGCAGUCCCUGUGAAGCGACCCCGGGUCACCGUCCCCUUGGUCCGACGUGUCAAAACCACCAUACCUGUCAAGCUCUUUGCCCGCUCCACAGCCAUCACCACCGGCACAGCCAAGAUCAAGUUAAAGAGCAGUGAGCUGCAGACCAUCAAGACAGAGCUGACCCAGAUCAAGUCCAAUAUUGAUGCCUUGCUGGGGCGCUUGGAGCAGAUUGCCGAGGAGCAAAAGGCCAAUCCAGAUGGCAAAAAAAAGGGCGAGAGUAGCAGCGGCGGUGGCGGCAGCAGCGGCAGCAGUGGUCCUGGCGGCAGCAGCCGGCCCCCGGCCCCCCCGGAGGACACAGCUUCUGAGGCGGGCACGCCCCAGGGAGAAGCACAGGCUCGAGACGAUGGUGAUGAGGAGGGGCUGCUAACACACAGCGAGGAAGAGCUGGAGCACAGCCAGGACACAGACGCGGAGGAUGGGGCCUUGCAGUAAGCAGUCUGACAGGAGCGAUGGCCACCAGCAGGAGAAAGGCGUGCACUGUACCAGGCCUCAAGCUGGGCACCCACCCCUGGAUAGCACCCCCAGCGGGUCCCAGAGGAGAGCUGGCAGCAGGCACCACCUCCCUCACGUGUAUCAGCCAGUGGCGCAUUCUCUGCAGGUGGAGUUAUCAGCAUCCCUUCCUCACGUACCCUCCCUGUUUGUAUUGCCCAGGCCAGAGGGCAGAGCACAGUCUCCCUACACUCUGCCUCCCCUCCCCAGGACAUUCCCAGGCUUGGGGUUUUUCUAUAGGUUUGGAGCGGGGUGGGGCCCACAGGGAGGGGACCUUGACAAUAAAAAGAUUGGAUCCCAACUUGC